CCUAAUAACUCAUUUCAUGGCGUCGAAAUUCGGGAUGGCCGGCGGCAUACCGGAACGUCGUGUCCGGCCGGUUUGGGACGCCAUCGACUCUCGACAGUUCAAAAAUGCACUCAAGCUCUCUACGGCUUUGCUUUCCAAAUAUCCCAAUUCUUCAUACGCUCUCGCACUUAAGGCUCUCAUUUUAGAGAGAAUGGGUAAAUUGGAGGAAGCACUAUCUGUAUGCAUCAAUGCUAAAGAGCUCUUGUAUAAGAAUGAUUCGAUCUUGAUUGAUGAUCUCACUCUAAGCACGUUGCAGAUUGUUUUUCAACGGCUAGAUCAUCUCGACAUGGCUACCAGUUGUUACGAGUAUGCAUGCGGAAAGUUUCCAAACAAUUUGGAACUGAUGAUGGGACUCUUCAAUUGUUAUGUUCGUGAAUAUUCUUUUGUGAAGCAGCAACAGAUAGCCAUUAAAAUGUAUAAAAUUGCUGGCGAAGAGAGGUUCUUGCUCUGGGCAGUCUGUAGCAUUCAGUUACAGGUCUUUUGUGGCAAUGGAGGAGAGAAACUUUUGCAAUUAGCCGAAGGGUUACUUAAGAAACACAUUGCUUCUCAUAGUUUGCAUGAGCCUGAAGCUCUUAGUGUAUAUAUUUCUCUAUUGGAACAGCAAGCCAAAUAUGGGGAUGCUUUAGAAGUUCUUUCUGGGAACUUAGGGUCUCUUAUAAUGAUCGAAGUUGAUAAACUACGGAUACAGCUUGCUGUCUUGUGUCUUCUCUUUGUUCUACAAGCUGGGAGUCUUUGCGGAAACAACCUCUUUGCCCCUUGGGAUAGAGGAAAGGGGAGGCUUCUUGCUCGGGCAGGUGAUUAUGGUGGAGCUGCAGAUAUAUUUCAGAAAGUAUUGAGAUUAUGCCCUGAUGAUUGGGAAUGCUUCCUUCAUUAUCUUGGUUGUCUGCUGGAAGAUGACUGUAGUUUGCCCAGGGUGGCUAAUAGCCCUUCAAGCCAGGUGUCAACAUCGAUGGACUGCAAGCAUAGACACUUGGCCGAUGAUGUGUUUGAUUCUCGCAUAUCGAGGGCUUCUGAGUUUGUAGAACAGCUAAUUGCAGAAGUAGGUAGUGAUUCUGUAAGAGGCCCGGGAUUGGCAAAUCUUGAAAUUGAGAGGAGGAAACUAAUAUUUGGAAAGGGUAAUGCCAACAAACUCAUGGAGGACCUCAUUCUAUACUUCUCCAGGUUUGGGCAUUUGGCUUGCUUCACAGCUGAUGUGGAGGUCUUCCUGCAAGUUCUACCUGGUGAUAGAAAAAAAGAGUUAUUAGAGAAGUUGGGUAAAAGUGUCACUUCUUCCUCAACAGCAUCAAAAAAUGUUCUUGGGCAACACAUAACACUCUUUAAAAUAAGAGAACUGAUUGGUGACAUGUUCUCACUUCCCGAGGGAGAUCUUGUGGGCUUUGCAGUUCAAAUGACAGAAAUGUAUUGUCAAAACCUUCCCCUUUCAAAGGACUUGGAUAUACAAGAGAGUGUAUAUGGUGAAGAGUUUCUAACUAUGACAUGCAAUGUACUGGUUCAGUUGUUCUGGCGUAAACAACAUAUUGGCUAUUUAUUGGAAGCUAUUAUGAUGUUAGAGCUUGGCUUGACAGUUCGAAGAUAUGUGUGGCAGUACAAGAUUUUGUUAUUACACUUGUAUUCUUAUUGGAAUGCACUUCCAUUAGCAUAUGAACGGUACAAAUCAUUGGAUGUGAAGAACAUCCUGCUGGAAACUGUCUCGCAUCAUAUUUUACCCCAGAUGUUGACAUCUCCCCUGUUGGUAGAUGCUGAUGAUCUUUUGAAGGGUUACUUAAGGUUCAUGGAUGAACACUUUAAGGAAUCUGCUGAUCUUACUUUUCUUGCAUAUCGUCAUCGAAAUUACUCAAAAGUUAUUGAAUUUGUUCAGUUUAAAGAGAGAUUGCAACGAUCCAGUCAGUACUUAACGGCAAAGAUUGAAGGAUCAAUUCUACAUUUAAAGAGGAAAGCAAAUAGCAUUGAAGAAGCGGAGUCUGCGCUUGAAAGCCUGAAUUAUGGAAGUGACUUUCUUGAUGUUUCAAAUGAGAUUCAAUCCAAGAAGUUGACCUUUAAUGAAGAUUUACAGUUACGGCCUUGGUGGACCCCGUCAUAUGACAAAAACUACCUUUCAGGACCGUAUGAAGACAUGUCGCAUCAUCCUAGAGAAAACCCGCGGAAUGAGGUUAAAGAAGCAGAAGCAAAGGUGACAAGAACCAUCGAGAAGAGGUCACUACUUCCACGUUUGAUCUAUCUGUCAAUACAAUGCGCUUCAUCAUCAGUAAAGGGGAAUUUCAACGUCAAUGGUUUUGAUUCCAAAGUCUCCUCAGAGCUCAAGUCCUUGCUUGAAUGUUAUGCAAACUUUUUAGGGCUAUGCUUCCAGGAUGCAGCGGAGUUGGUUAUUGGAGUUUCAUGUGGUCAGAAAUCUUUUGAGGUUUUCUCAUCGAACCUUAUCGACUGGAUGAACUUUGCUGUGUUUUUGAACGCCUGGAACCUGAAUUCACGCAAACCAAAUAGCUCAGACGGACAAGCUUUCGCCAUUAACUGGCAAGUUUUAUGUUCUGUGUUAGAGCAAUGCAUUUCAGCAAAGAUAAGUUCCACAAGACCAUUACUCUCUUCUCCUGGAACCGACCUUUCCAUUUUGAUCCAGUUGGUGACCGAGCCAUUAUCAUGGCAUGGUCUCAUCAUCCAGUCGUGUGUCCGAUCAUCCCUUCCAUCAGGAAAAAAGAAGAAGAAAGGUGGGCCCUCCGAGCACUCGAACACCCAACUCUCUAAUGAAAUCAAGAACUCAAUCUCUUCGCUCUACGGCAUGAUAGAUCAAGUUAUAAAAUGGUUAGAAGAACAAACUGACAAACCAAUAGAUGGAAACGUUGACAUCUUGUUAUCGUCUCUUGCUAGAGAACAAAACGACGAUGCACCUGGAAAAGUUGUCAAAAUUCUUGAAAAUUUGGUGUCAUCCGUGAACGACAUAGAAGUUGGUGAGAGAAUUUCUCAGGCACUUAGGUCUUGGAAGCCUGCUGAUGCUGCAAGAAAGAUUGUAACGGCACAGGGAACCGCUUUGACGGAGUUUCUAAACAUAUGCGAGUCGAAAGCUAAGGUUUUGCAGGCAUUGAAACUUCAAAUAUAAGUCCAGAAAUGAAGAUGAAGAUGAAGAUGAUGAUUUGAUAAAUCCAUUGCAAUUGGAGGUUUCUUGAUGAGUUUCUUGUACACUAAAUGUUGCAUUUAUUGAAUUUCUUGUUUGAUUUUAGAGUUUUUGUGUAUGAACAGAAAUUUUGGCCUCAAUUUGUUGUAAAUUGAUAUGCAUUUC